AUGCCUUUAGGAUUUCCUAACUUUCGCAGCAUCUCAGACGAUGACCAGGUGAAAAUGGUAUAUAAACAAAGGAAGGAAAAGGAGCGGGAGAGGGCCUCUCUUUUGCAGAACGAGACUGCCUCGAUAACCAGUGACCAGACGCUCUGCCAACCCGAUGAGCAAAAGCGAUCAACAUCAGUCUUCUCCUCAGUCAAGACAGCUAUGAUGCAUAUCGCGCCAAAACAGGAGCCUUGA